AUGAAUAUUAAUAUUGUGGAUUAUCUAAGUCAAUUUGUGGUUCAAGUAGACACCUAUGAAGAGGCAUUUCGAUAUCCAGUACUCAAAAGCCUUUGCGAUCUUCAUACAGUACUUCAGAAUGAUUUACAAACAUUCGAUUACUUGACGCCAUAUAGAAAUAUAUGGAGUCUUCCAAAUUAUAUGUCAUGUUUGUCAACAGUUUUUGUGGCCAACUGUACCUUCUUAACCGAAAAGGAAGCUAUUGAAGUGAAAAAAAUGAUAGAUCACUGUCGGUCAUAUCGAACGGAAAUAAUUAACUGUAUGAAGGAUUGCUAUGAAUGUCAACCGUGUGUCAACGUACCGGAAAAUUGUUCAUCGCGAAUGAUGUUUGAUCUAUUCUAUAGGAUUUUACCAAAAGAUCUGAAUAGCAAACCAUUUUAUAUUAACUCGUUUUUACCCAUAUUUACACUGAUGGGAUAUCGAUCUCGUGGAGUUAACAAUGCUACUGCACAACACUUUUUGAACAUUCAAAGUACUUUAGAAAAUUAUUCCAAGCGUAAUCCAUAUUUAAAAAUAAAAGGGAUUUCAAUGGACAUCAAAAGGGAUAUUUUAUUUGAGGGAGCGAAACGUGACUCUUUGUUGGCCGGUUUUGCUGCCGUUUGUGUGAUAUUCGUUGUUUUCGCAUAUUCCAUGAGUUUCCUGUACUGUCUUGCAGUAGGAUUCAUGUUGGGGGCGUCGGUGCUUUGUGCAUUGGCGGUAUAUUCAUUUUUUACAUCUGAUUUUCCACUGCUAAAUCUUGUCGUUUUUGUUCUGCUUAUCGCUAUCGGUUCUGACGAUGCUUUUCUGCUUUUGAACUCAUUUCCCGUCAAAGUGGUGAACGCUGAAACUGUUUAUGAGUGCUUAUCACAUACUGCAACAGCUAUGCUUCUGACGUCUAGUUCGACGGCAGUUCCAUUUUUUAUUAAUAUACUCAGCGGUGUCAUCGUUUUUAGAUGUUUUGGUCUAUUUGCUGGAUUAACUUUAUUCUUCAACUACAUUCUGGAAGUUUCAUUUCUUCCAGUCUUUUUGAUACUCCAGAAACGUUACUUGUCAUGUAUGGACUGUAUCAGGAAAUAUCCACUCUCAGCAGUUGGCUACCUUAUGCGCCAAAUUUUGCCAUCUGUAAUUGUCAAAGGUCGAUACGUCUGGAUUGCUUCCUUAUCAAUAUUUUUUAUUGCGGCCGCUUAUGUAUCCUAUUCUGGUCUUCGUUUUCCGGAGUAUAAUCCAUUACAAUUGUUUAUAAACUCAAACUCACACGAGUGGUAUGACAACAAUGCUGAAAAAAAUUUUGAAUUCGUCGAAAACAAAAUUGGAAUUAUAAUUGUCGUAAGGUUAAUAUGGGGUCUUUCAAAGGUAGAUUCGCUAAGUACAUUUCGCUCAGAAAUGUUAUCGCUCGUCAAUCAUGAUUCAAGAUUUUCUCUGCAAAAAACAGCUGAUGUAGCAAAUUUGGCUGAUCAAAUGAAGAAGUUUCGUGAAUUGAAAUUUAUAAAACAUGAAAGCCAGUUUUGGCCUGAACGCUAUAUAGCUUGGUCGGAAGGCUAUAACUGUGUUUCUGGAAUGGUGUGCUGCAACAAAAAUCAUGAAACUUUUAAUGAUUCAAAUACCGAUUAUUGUAUUCGUUUAUCUACCUCACAACUAUACACACAGUAUAAUGAUACCCCAAUUUAUGAUAACACCACAUUUGAACUUGUCGGUUACACAGCAUCUCUACCGACAAAACUUACUUAUUCACAUCGUUAUGCCAACCUAACGCACUCGUUCGACCUACUGAGAGAAUCAUUUGGAAAUUUAAAUGGUGGCUUCUAUACGUUGGAAUGGCCAUUAAUGUGUAUUUGGUACGAUUUGUUAACUUCAAUACUUUCUGACUGUCGACAAUCAGUGAUCCUUUCGUUUGCUGUUGUUGCAGUAAUGGCGUUAAUGCACCUGCAUAUGAUCGCUUUUGCUGCACUGAUCACAAUAUUUUGUAUUGUGGUUGUCAGUGUUGGUUGUGUUGUCGCAGUUGGAUGGGUAAUUGGAGUUCUAGAAGCAGUUAUAUUGGUACUGGUUGUAGGACUUUCUUUUGACUUUACACUUCAUUAUGGUGCAUCUGUUCCACCGAACGGAUGUGCCAUUCAUCGGGUACAAGAAGCUGCUCAAAAAUCUGGCGUACCUAUUGGAUUAGCAGCAUUUUCAUCAGUUGUCGCUGGUGGUGCAAUGUUAUUUGCUGAAACGCAUGCAUUUUUCCAGGUUGGAGUAUUUUUGGUGACUUCAACAAGUGUCAGUUGGCUUUUUGCUAGUUUCUUCUUUCUUCCAUUACUUUGUUGGCUGUUACCAUCGUCAGAUGACUGUAAAUUGUGUGCCGAAGAAGCAUUAGAAGACGAUUAUACAGAUAAAUGUACAUCAUUGUAA